AGCGUGCUCAUGUCAAAGUAAUAUGAUACCAACAACAAUAUUUCUUAAUAAGAAGAAAACAACAAUAAUUUAAAUGAAAGUAGAAUUGGUCCACUUGGCCGAUGAAAAUUCCCAGUUGACUCUCAAGACAAGAGAGAAAGACACAGACAGAGACAGAGAAACAGAGGCAAGCUGCCAUUUGUUGGAAGCAGAACAGGAGAUUGUUCAAUGUCUCCUCUUACAAGCUUCCACCGUAUUGCUCACGACACAUUCUCCUCCUUCCUACUCUCACUGGACGGAUCUUUCUUACUGGGUUCAGAAGAUGUCGUUAAUACCCGGAUCAGCCUCUGGUGGGAGCAAGCGAGAGCUAUAGUAGUUGUGCGCUUCUUCAAAUUCCUGGUGGCUCUAUGCUUGAUCAUGUCUGUGAUGUACUUCGUUGAGGUCAUGUACAUGGGGAUUGUGGUAGCGUAUGUCAAGUUAUUCAAGAGAAAACCAGAGAAAGUUUACAAAUGGGAAGCUAUGGAGAAUGAUGCUGAAUGUGGCAGUAAAAGCUUCCCUAUGGUUCUGGUGCAAAUACCUAUGUACAAUGAAAAAGAGGUUUGUGAGCAAUCAAUUGCUGCUGCUUGCAAAAUCUCAUGGCCAUCAAAUCGUAUUAUAAUUCAAGUGCUUGAUGACUCCACUGAUCCAGCAAGUAAGGAACUGGUGAGAAGGGAAUGUGAAAGAUGGUCAAGAGAAGGCGUCAACAUAACUUUUGAGAUAAGAGAUAACAGGAACGGAUACAAAGCUGGCGCGUUGAGAGAAGGAAUGAAGCAUAGCUAUGUGAAGCAGUGUGACUAUAUUGCUAUCUUUGAUGCUGACUUCCAGCCUGAACCUGACUUCCUCCACCGUACUGUUCCUUUCUUAAUUCACAAUCCCAAGUUAGCACUUGUUCAAGGCCGGUGGGAGUUUGUUAAUGCGGAUCAAUGCAUGAUGACAAGACUGCAGGAGAUGUCUCUAAGCUACCAUUUCACAGUAGAGCAACAAGUUGGAUCUUCAACAUUUGCCUUCUUUGGUUUCAAUGGAACGGCUGGUGUCUGGAGAAUCUCAGCACUGAAUGAGUCUGGAGGAUGGAAUGACCAGACAACAGUUGAAGACAUGGACAUAGCUGUAAGAGCCACACUCAGAGGCUGGAAAUUACUAUAUAUAGAUGAUCUCAAGGUGAAAAGUGAGUUACCUUGUUCAUUCAACGCCCUCCGUAGCCAGCAGCAUAGAUGGACUUGUGGCCCUGCCAAUCUAUUCAGGAAAAUGGCUGGACAAAUAAUAAGAAGCGAGAAUGUUUCUCUAUGGAAGAAGCUGUAUAUGUUGUAUAGCUUCUUCUUUAUGCGCAAGGUCGUGGCUCACAUCCUCACCUUCUGCUUCUACUGUGUUAUCUUGCCAGCAACUGUUCUGUUCCCAGAAGUCACAGUUCCUAAAUGGGCUGCGUUUUAUCUCCCUGCUUUGAUCACUCUCUUUAUCGCAAUCGGUAAACCAAGAUCAGUCUACCUGUUGGCGUUUUGGGUUCUGUUUGAGAAUGCAAUGUCCAUGCUUAGAACAAAGGCUCUGGUCAUGGGCUUGUUUGAGACAGGAAGAGUACAAGAAUGGGUUGUGACAGAGAAACUAGGUGAUGGCCUCAAGAACAAGCUGAUUGGGCAAGUACCUAAUGAACAUCAAGUCAGAUUCAGAGCUAGGGUGCAUUUUCUGGAACUAGUGCUUGGAGUGUACUUGUUGUUCUGUGGAUGCUACGAUAUCAUCUAUGGGAAGAACAAACUUUAUCUCUAUGUGUACCUUCUAAUGCAGUCAGCAGCCUUCUUCGUUGUUGGUUUUGGAUUUGUGGGCAAAUAAUAUGUUCCUGCUUCCUCCUAAAAUCAUAGAUAGAUCAAAAAAGUCUCAAUAUGUUUCAAAAGUUUUU